CCUGACCUUAUCUGAUCCACAUUUCACUCCCUAUAAAUAAACCCUUCGAUGAGGGUUUCGGGAGAAUUCCAACUUUAUCUCUCUAGAACGAUUUUUCUCUCCCUAGCCGCCCCCAUCAGCAACCAUGCCUCGCCGAAGCUCAGGAAGAUCUGCUCCCCGUCCUGCAUCUCGUCCAGCACCAAUGCGUAACCCUCCUCAACCAGUGAGCCAUGCGCCUCCUCCAGCCCCUGUUCAGGGUGGUGGUGGUGGAUCUAUGCUUGGUGGGCUUGGUGCAACCAUUGCUCAAGGUAUGGCUUUUGGCACGGGAAGUGCAGUGGCACAUAGGGCUGUUGAUGCUGUGAUGGGGCCUCGCACCAUUCAACAUGAAACUGUGGCCUCUGAGGCAGCUGCUUCAUCAGCACCCACCAUGAACAAUGUUGGUGGCUCUGAUGCAUGCAAUGCACACUCCAAGGCAUUCCAAGAUUGCUUGAACAGCUCUGGGAGUGACAUCAGCAAGUGCCAGUUCUACAUGGAUAUGUUAUCAGAGUGCAGGAGGAACUCUGGUUCUAUGCUCGGUGCUUAAUAUCAGGCUCCCAACUUUUCUGGGUUCCUAGAACCUUAUUUUAUGCUCGAUUGCCAGAAUUUAUGAAGUGGCACUUAAUUGACUCAAAGCAAUAAUAGUUGAUGGCUGCUGCUGAAGAUGGCCCAUUGGCUGCUUUUAUGUUUUAGUUCCAUUAUAAAAGAUGAUCAUAUCUUUUAUCAACAUUUAAAAAUUGUGAUUGAAUGGAGGCCAACUUUUCAUAAGUAUUGGUGAUUUGAGCA